AGGGGAGGGGAGGAGAGAGUAGAAUAUGUAAUUUCUUCUAACCAAAAUGUAGCUCAUUCAAUCUUUAUAGUAUCAAAGAAAAUACUAUUUAAUUAUAUUUAUGACGUACCUUCCAAACCAGGUUUAUUUCUACUCUACAUUUAUGCAAGUUUUUCAUUAGAUGUUGUGAUCCCCUGCGUCCCCCGGAAAAAUAUAAUCUACUUUACCCAGGCUACCUCAUUUUACAGGGAACGCCUGGAAGAUUUCACUAUUGCCGGCCAUAUUGGAAAAACGUAGAAAUUCUCAGCACGAAACACACUGACGAAAUACGAGACAACCAUCAUAAGUAGUUCAAGAAAUGGGCCGGUUAAGAAGAAAGCGAAUGCACAAGAACGACAAACAUCUUAAAAAGAAAUAUCGCACAAGGAGACGAACAAAGGACUUGGAUCAAAUUCACGAGGACAUGCAACCAAAGAACGCCGCAAAACUGAAAUCACAAGAGUGUGAUAUGGAUCUACCAGGCUCAGGACAGUAUUACUGUAUACAUUGCGCGAGAUACUUUGUUGAUGAGAAGUCUUUGAAAGAUCACAUAAAAUCAAGAGUCCACAGGAAGAAAGUUAAAAUGCUAAAGGAAGUACCUUACACUCCUGAAGAAGCUGAGAGAGCUGCAGGGAUGGGAUCAUAUACACUCAUAUCAACCAAACCUCUAUUACCUGUCAACCAGGAUAAGGAAAUGACAAAUUCAGAAAAUGUUGAGAGUGUUGGCACUUGAAAUAAGAAUAAAUUGCCACUUUUUACUCAGA